UUAAGUACCGGGUUGCUUUAUGGAAAAAUGCUGUUCUUUUUUAGAAUGAAACUGCUCUGUUUAGGCUUGUCUGUGGUUAUCAGGCUGUAGAAUCAUUAACUUGAUACAGAGGGAGUCAAAUUGGCAACUCGGGAUUUUCAAGAGAACUGUGAAAAGGAACGGACUCCUCUCCCUGGGACCGCUAAACUCACAAAGGAUUUUACGACAAAGUUGCAGAUUCUGAGCGUUAAGGAAACUUUCCAGGUGUUUUGUUUUGCUAGUUUUAAAGGAACAUCCAAAGAAAACCAGAGGAAACACCGACACACAUGCUGAGCGUGGCUGGAGGAAGAGGCGGCAGAAUUCUUUUGUCUUUAGAAUGAAGUUGGAAAUGCAAUUCCCAGGUGCAAGCUUCGACUGCACCAUGUUAGACAAAUUAAAAUCCUACAAGUUGUACAAGUCUUUCAGGUCAGACCUCUUCUCACUGUGAGCCAAGGCCUGGCUUGUGUGUCGGCACUCUACUAGGCAGGUCUGGAAGAAGGCACAGCAUCCAUUGAUUAGAGGACAAUGCGUAUGAGAAUAUGCAGGAGUCCCAGGAGACCCACAUGUCCAGCCACCUAGACGAAGUCAUUGCUGCUGUCAGCGUCACUUCUAAAAACAGGCUCCCGAAUAAGCUGCUUCAGACAGCACUGUUCCAGCCCCCUCGAGAGAAACUCCACCUGUGUGAGGAGAGAGCGAAGUCCUACUCCAGCAGCCGAGAGUACAAACAGGCCAUCCAGGAGCUUGUGCGCUGUGUGGCACUAACGAGAAUUUGCUAUGGCGACUGGCACUGGAAACUAGCGGAGGCGUAUGUUAAUCUAGCUCAGGGUUACCUGCAGCUGAAAGGGUUGUCACUACAAGCAAAGCAACAUGCAGAGAAAGCCAAGGAAAUCCUGGCCAACUCCAUCGAGAGUCCCUGUCACAACAAAACAGAUAUCUUCAAGUGUUCCCUGGAGCUUUUCUAUACCCUGGGGAGAGCCCUGCUCUCCCUCCAAAAAUUUAAAGAUGCCUCAGAGAACUUGAUAAAAGCAGAGAGACUUUCCAAGGAGAUGCUGCAAUGUGGGAACAUCAUAAAGGAAGAGUGGAUAGAAAUCCAGUCUCGGAUCAAGCUGUCGUUUGCACAGUUGUAUCAAGGUCAGAAACGAUCAAAAGAAGCUUUCCCGUACUAUCAAAAGGCUUUGGAAUAUACCGAGAUCACCAAAGAUGAAAAAAGUCUUGAGUGUGUACAAGUCCUGAGGGAACUGGCAGCUGUGGAGCAAGCCCUGGGACUCUACGAUGCCGCCAUCAGUCAUUUCUCACGGGCACAUCUCAUCAUCCUGAGUAAAGACCCCUCCCCAGAGGAGGCUGCAGACUCUGCACACUUCAUCGCCCGGGCUGCUGCUGCUUCUGGGAUGCACGACCACCGUGAUAUGGCCGAGAAAUACUUUCAGGAAAGCAUGACUUCUAUCAAGGAUUCCGAAGGAGCGGAAAGAGCCAAGUUCCUUUCGAUUCAAGAUGAGUUUUGCAGUUUUCUGCAAACCACUGGACAAAAAGAAAGAGCAGCAGUGAUCCUGAGAGAGUCCCUGGAAGCCAAAGUAGGAGCAUUUGGUGACUUCAGUCCUGAGGUGGCAGAAACGUACCGGGUCCUGGGCAGGGCAGACCUGGCUCAGGGAAACAACAGUGGAGCAUACGCGAAGCUAAAGAAGUGUGUCCAGAUUGAGACGUUCUUGUAUGGAUCACAGGACAAGAAGACCCUGGCCACCCAGCACACCAUAGACACACUGUCCAAGAUCUCCGAGGUUGCCGUGAAGUCAAGGCAAUCGGCGAAAGCCAAAGUAGCAUUCUGCACCAGUGCCCCCCAGUACUCGAUGCCAGGGAAGGGCAGGCACAAUGUAGCAGACUGAUGUGCCCAUGUGCCGCCCCAAAGAAAGCUCCAAGAAAGACUUGGCAUGGCUUUUAGGAUGCUGAACAAACCUCUCUCCAGCUCGAAGGUGGAGUUCAGCAGUCACUGCAGGUUUUUAAGGCUGUUUGCUUCAGAAUGCAACGGCAGUACCAUGAAUGUUCCACACCCCGAUUGUGAAUGCCCUGUGGGGUGAUAUGGUGCUCUUGGUUAUCUUCUUUCUCCAUGGAAAGUCUCUGUCAUCUCCACUGUGGCUGAAACACUCUUCCCAAGUUGGAGCUUCUCGACAGGAAAGGAGACUCGCCUGGUGACAGGCAGGGCUCCUGCUCCAUCCAGAGCCACAUCUGGGCAGCGAGACCCUGCACAAAGCCUCCCUCAUAGGAAAGUAAUAGUAACUGAGAAGAAACUACCAAUAAAGAGAAGCUUGGGCUAGCAGCAGUGUGUGUGUGUUUGAAAUGAAGACUGGAGCUGGCAAUGCUGCCCCGAGACAGAGCGCUUGCCUGGACUCCAUGAGCACUAUGGUUUAAAUGCGAAAUGUCUCUCAUAGGCUCGUGUAUUUGAACACUUGGUCCCCAUUGCCGAGAGGCCUUAAGGUAGGAGUCUAGUUGGAAGAACUGUGUCACUGGAGGUGGGCUCUGAGGUUUCUUAGCCUGAGUCCCAUUUUCUAUGCACUCUCUGCUUCAUGAUGGCAGACUCAGUGGGAAUAGCUGGUG